GGAUCAUCGCUAGUUUUCUCAUUUAUAUUUUGCAAGUUUUGGUUUUCUUGCAUAAUUUGAACUUGCGUCAGAGUCCAAUAAAGUUCAUUUAAUACAACGUUCGCUCCAUCAUGCAGUGCCCGUUCCUGAAUCGCUUCAGUGCAAAUUAUCUGCGCAAUUAUGCUGAGAUAUUGUACCAGUCAUAUGGAGUGUUUUGUCCAGUUAUCAGCAAAUCCAAUAAGACAGCCCAAAAACAACUUUCUCUUUUAACACCAAUUCCAUUUUCUGUGAAGUCCGCAAGGUCGUACUCUUCGAAAAGCUAUUCGGUUGAUGCUAGCUCGGCAGUAAAUGAUGUAAGACGUGGCCAUGCAAACGAAACUGGCACAGCUGAAGCAAAUUCGACUUUCCAUUACGAAAAGUUUUUCAACGAGCAAAUUUUAAAAAAGAAACGAGAUCAUUCUUACCGUGUUUUUAAACGCGUGAAUCGCUUAGCUGGCGAUGGCCUCUUUCCUCAUGCUCUCGAGUAUUCCUCGCAAACAGAGAAACCAAUAACUGUUUGGUGCUCCAAUGAUUAUUUGGGCAUGUCAGCGCAUCCCAAAGUGAAACAUGCUGUUAAGGAAGCUUUGGAAAUGCACGGAUCUGGCGCCGGAGGAACACGUAACAUAUCGGGAAACUCAUUGUAUCACGAGCGCCUUGAAAGAAAGCUAGCAGAUCUCCAUCAAAAGGAGGCGGCGCUUCUCUUCACCUCAUGCUUUGUGGCAAACGAUUCAACUUUAUUUACGCUUGCUAAAUUACUGCCGAAUUGUCAUAUAUUCUCCGACGCUGGUAAUCAUGCUUCUAUGAUUCAGGGCAUACGAAAUAGUGGCGUACCCAAACACAUUUUUCGUCAUAAUGACGUCAACCAUUUGCGUCAACUACUGCAACAAGUGGAUAAGACGACACCGAAAAUCGUUGCAUUCGAGACCGUGCAUUCCAUGACCGGUGCUAUAUGCCCAUUAGAAGAACUGCUUGAUGUUGCGCAUGAAUACGGUGCUAUUACAUUUAUUGAUGAAGUCCAUGCGGUAGGCUUGUACGGCGACCAUGGCGCUGGCGUAGGGGAGCAAGAGGGCGUGCUCUCUAAAAUGGACAUUAUAUCUGGAACUUUAGGAAAGGCAUAUGGCAAUAUUGGUGGCUACAUAGCUGGCUCUGAAGCGCUGGUCGACAUGGUGCGAUCUUAUGCUGCUGGCUUUAUAUUCACCACAUCGUUGCCGCCAACUGUUCUCUGUGGUGCCCUUGAAGCAGUAACCAUACUAGCCUCCGAAGAAGGACGGCAGCUGCGAAAUAUCCAUCAACGAAAUGUUUCGUACUUGAAAAAUUUACUCAAGAGAGAAGGUUUCCCCGUUGAAGAUACGCCAAGCCACAUUAUUCCAAUUAAAAUUGGAGAUCCCCUUAUAUGCAGUCAAAUCUCAAAUAUGCUUAUGGACCAGUAUGGACACUAUAUGCAAUCAAUAAAUUAUCCAACGGUUGCUCGCGGUCAAGAGAAACUUCGUUUGGCUCCAACACCUUUUCAUACUUUCGAAAUGAUGAACGCCCUAGUUUUGGACUUGAAGAAAGUGUGGGAUACGCUGAAACUGUCAACAAAUGUGCCACUAACGCCCAACGGAUGUAUGUUUUGCAGCAGCGACAGCUGUUUCCAUCACGAGAAUUGUCCAGAUCUUGAGUGUGGCAUUCCCAAUUGCCCACGCUUAGAGUUAUCGGUGGCAGCUUAGAAACAUUUUAAGUUGUUUUAUCCUUUUGCUGGCUUUUGAGUGCAUUAUAAAAAUAACGAAAGGUUACGGUAUUAUAAUAUUUGAUGUUGCUUUUAAAUGUUAACAAAUCUAUAAUUGGUGUCUUAACUUCAAAUACAAGAGUAAAAA